AUGUCAGCAAAUGGAACCGGUGGCAAUUACGCACCGCUGAAGCAAAUACUGUCCGACUCCGAGUCGGAAGACGACCACCACAAAUUGCAAAAUGCUGCUCACAUCAAAACAACUGACAGUUGUAACAAUUUGGACUUCAACAGUGGUUUGCAAUCAUCUAAGAAUUACAGCCUGAGCGACAUGGACGAAUUCAACACCAACAUAAACACAGUAGAGAGCACAAUGGACAACGUAAGUUUUCUGCAAUCCGAUGUGUCCAAUAAAAUGUCAUCCCCUCGCCGCUGCGCUUUUAUUACAUCGAUUCUGAUCUGCAUCUUCACUGUGGUCAUAUUCUUGUGGGGGAUACCGUGUUCUGAGGUUGGCAGCUGCUCAACUAAUGAAUGGCAAGAUAAAACCACAAGCUGGGAACUGCCCUACGACGAGAUCGAGCUAUCAGGCGCUGUCCAAGUUGUCGAUGGAGCUAUCCCAAACACAAAAAAUUUAAUAUUCAUCUACCGUGGUAAUCAUAUGAAACAAGAGAAAAACACAAAUGAUAAUGUCAAUGGUGUGUUACUUAUAGUUGGCAAUUCUGGAAAAGUCGGCUGGUAUACUAGGGAGAACAGAAUACCCACAGAAAUAAACUGUCAUCUUAUUGAUGUCAAUAGAGACAAUCAAAAAGAUUGUAUUGUCUCAGGCUCAGAAGGAUUACUUGCUGCGUUGAAUCCUUUGUCAGGUACAUAUUAUUGGUACAUGCAUAAACAUGUGAAAAUGUUAAGCAACAUUGCAGCAAUAGACUUUCCCAUAAUGAUGAAGGAUAUGGAUAAGGAUAAAGUUAACGAUCUCCUGACUGUGGCAACCGUCUACCCAAAUGUGAAUCAUAAUUCAUUAUUGAUCAUAUCAGGGGCAACUGGCAAUAUUAUUGGAGAACCAAUGACAAUACAUGAUUGUAUAUCUGUGAAGUUGGUACCAGAAGCAGAUACUAUAACAUAUAUAUGUAAAAAUGGUACUACAGAGGCUGUCAGGUUAAUUUCUUAUCCUAACUUAUAUAGGAAGCUCUUGAAACUGGACAAAUCAAAUCACACAUCUUCUGCCACUGUAACAAAGAAGGUAAAUCUGAGUUUAAAAAAGAGUAUUGGUAAUACAAGGGAGAUUUAUACUAAUGGCCCUGGAAAACUAAUUGUAGAGAACUCUGGAGAGUGCCCUAACUCAUGUCGGGUGAAUUUAAAACUCUUACUUGAAAAAAAUGGUACAACUACUGUUGGUUGGGAAUAUUCCGCCAAUCAUGUCUAUGCUAUGAGGCCAAGUUCAUUUGCCUUUGCUAAUUCAAUACGAGGGCCUAUUAUCAAUGUAGCUUCAAUAUCAUCAUUUAUCAAAUAUACAAAUUUCACUGUGCAUGACAUUUCAGAGAGGAUUGUAUUGGUGUCAUUUGAUAAAAUGCAAACGCACAAUGUCAAUGUGAGCCAAACAGAUAUUGUGCAGAUAUGUGUACGGGGACAAAUAGACACAACUUCACCAUUGCCAAUGUGUCAACCAGAUCUAGAAUAUCAGGACCAAUCAUUGAUGAUUGCAGAUUUAGACGGUGAUCAGUCCCACGAACUAAUAUCAUAUUAUAGCACAUUUGUUGCACCAGAAUCAUAUACACCCAAAAAUUCUAAUCCAUAUGAUAAUUGGCGUUUAACAUCAAUUGUAAGAGUGAUCCGUUUAGAGUCAGAGUUACCAAAAUUGUUUGUUGCAGAUUUUUGA